AUGGAAGAAAGACUCAACUGGUGCGGAUGUCUAUAUAGAGAAUCCAAGCACAGAAUUAAGCACCCCAUUAGGCAAACAUUCUACCAUAUUUCAAAAGGAUGUGUUUGCCUAUCUACUGCCAUAUUUCCGGAAGUUAUCAAUUUUGAGAGGACAGGAGGAAUUACUAUCUAUCCAGAUAGACAAUCAGCUCUUCAAGUCCUAGAGUACCCCAAAGAGGCACCCACACUGCUGCUGGAAUGUAAAGAGGCAUUGGAGACAUUCGCUUGCUCUAAGAUAGUGGAGCUAGUGUGGGUCCCUGGUCAUAAGCGGUUCACAGCAAAUGUGAAAGCUGACAUCCUCGCCAGAAAUGAAGCUGAUAUCCCUAUAAUGGGAACAGAACCUGCAAUAGGAAUAACAAAGAAACAUCAACUAAAGGAAGUCUUAAUAGGACAUACGAAAAAAGUAGUAGGAGUGCAAUACAGCCCGAUGUAUACCUUGGCCUCCUCGAAGAUCCUUUAUCCGGUUGCUAGGUCUUCUGCAGCCGCUCACCAAUUCGUACACUUAAGUGUCCUAGCAUCCUUCUUGAGAGCAUCUUCUCACUUCACUUCGUCUCAACCUGUCCAGUUUCCCAAACAGUAG